AAAAUGUUUUACAAACAUUUAAAAGUUUAAAGAGAAUAAUAGAGGUAAACUACCAUGCACUCUACUGCAAUGGCGGCGCGGCGAAUUCUCUCUCUCAUAGCUGCAAAAUAUGCGCAGAAUCCCCUCCCCAGAGAGGUCUCUAGGAAGUUUCGUCCUUCUCCAAACUCGUUCUCUCGCAACUGUGAGCAGUACACCAGAGGGUUCAAGUCUCUCUCAGAAGCCAGAGUUCCAUCUGUGCAAAAUCCAGCCGAAAACGGAAGUUGCAGCUCGAACAGUGUCCAGAGCACGAGCGGAUGCGUCUCCAGCUUGAAAAAUGACCAGGCUGCUGUGAAGCACCAAGUGAAAUCCGACUUGAAGGUUUCGGAGAGGCACGAUCUUGUCAUGAUGUUCACUUGCAAAGUCUGCGACACCAGAAACCUCAAAACGGCCUGUCGUGAGUCGUACGACAAAGGCGUGGUGGUUGCUAGAUGCAAUGGCUGCGACAAUCUGCACCUGAUCGCGGACCGGCUGGGAUGGUUUGGUGAACCGAGCAGCGUAGAGGAGUUUCUAGCGGCUCGCGGGGAGGAAGUGAAGAAGGGAUCAGCUGAGACUAUGAAUCUCACUCUUGAGGAUCUUGCUGGAACAAAAGAUGGUUAGUGUUUGAGUUUCUGUUGUUUCAUUUCUUAUGAUUUAUUUUGUAGAAGAGAUUUUGGGGAUAAUUACACCAUAGAAACAAAAAUAUUCACCAAUGUUACAAAUUGGUCCAAAA